CCACGAUUACCCCUCGUUUGCCGGUCGCUCUUUUCAUCACGCCGGUUCUCUCGCUCGGCCAUCAUGGAGAGUCGCCAACAGCCUCCCUGGCAGCAACCCCCUGCUCAUCCCGACACUCGUCUGCCCUCCCUCAAAGUAUGGAACUCCCUCACCAGAUCUAAGACGCCCUUUGUGCCAUUGGACCCCAAAGGCCGGAAAGUUAAGUGGUACGCUUGCGGUCCGACAGUCUACGACGAUGCGCAUCUGGGUCAUGCCAGAAACUAUGUCAGCACCGAUAUCCUGCGUCGAAUCCUCAGGGAUUACUUCAAGUUCGACGUCGAGUUUGUCAUGAACAUCACCGAUGUCGAUGACAAGAUCAUCCUGCGCGGUAGACAACAGCACUUGUUCAACAAGUACAUUGCCGAGCACCCCACCGUUACGCCCGAAGUCCUCGAAACCGCCCGCAAAGCAUACAGCGCCUACAUCAAGAAGAACCUUCCCCUGGUCGAUCCCGAAACCAAGCCGGAGAACUUUGUCGCGGAAGCCGAGAAGGUCUAUGGAGUUGUUCUGCAGGGAGGGGCCCUGGAGGCAGACAAGAAGCCCGGUGAUGCGGAGGUCAAGAUCAAGAUGCACAUCAAGACUGUGACAGCCACAACGUCGGCGAUUGCGGAGGCCACCCAGAAGCUCUCGGGCAUCGAUGCUGCCUCCAGCAAGGCUUUCUACGACGCGGCCCAGGAUGUCUUCUGCUUCUAUCUUGAUGUGACGGAGGGUUCUACAAUUCCAGGCGAUGCGCACGAGAUCUUCACGAAACUGACGAAGAAGUACGAAGAUCACUUCAUGAGGGAUAUGCGGGAUCUCAACGUCCUUGACCCCGAUGCCGUGACCAGAGUCACCGAAUACGGCCAGCAGAUUGCCGACUUCGUCGAGAAGAUUGUCGCGAACAAGUUCGGUUAUGUUACCUCCGAUGGCUCCGUCUAUUUCGACAUCAAGGCGUUCGAAGAAGCUGGAAACCACUAUGCGCGACUUGAGCCUUGGAACCGCAACAACCAGCCUCUGCUGAGGGACGGCGAGGGCGCACUGUCGCGAGCAACCGAGAAGAAGUCUUCGGAUGAUUUUGCCCUCUGGAAGGCAUCCCGUCCGGGUGAGCCCAGCUGGUCAAGCAAGUGGGGUCAAGGACGGCCAGGCUGGCACAUCGAGUGCUCGGCAAUGGCAUCGAGCUGCCUUGGUAGCCAGAUCGAUAUCCACUCCGGUGGUAUUGACCUGGCAUUCCCUCACCACGACAACGAGCUUGCGCAGAGUGAAGCCUACUGGUGCGAGCAUAAGCAGCAGUGGGUUAACUACUUCCUGCACAUGGGUCAUCUGUCCAUCCAGGGUUCCAAGAUGUCGAAAUCAUUGAAGAACUUCACCACUGUCAAGGAAGCUCUCGAGCGCGGUGACUACACUCCUCGUAGUUUGAGAAUCGUCUUCUUGCUUGGUGGGUGGCGUGAUGGUGUCGAAAUCACCGAUGAUCUCAUCAAGAAUGCCUCUUCUUGGGAAGAAAAGCUCAACAACUUCUUUGUCAAAGCGAAGGACCCCUCUAGCUUCCGCUCCUCUGACGAGGCGCCGACUUCUUCCUCCGAGACCUUGGCACAGGCCCUCAAGUCCACACAAGAGAAGGUCCACGAAUACUUCUGUGACUCCUUUGACACCCCCAAGGUCAUGGCCGCCAUUUCUGAGUUGGUCACGACGUUCAACGCCCUUGACAGCCAAACCCUGGAUCUCAAGAUAGUCGAAUCCAUGGGUACAUGGGUCACCCAGAUUGUUACUAUCUUUGGCUUGAAUGGCGCGGCCUCUCCUGACAACUGUGGCAUCGGCUGGGAAGGCACUGACAUUCCGGAAGCAGCCAAACGUUUCCUAUACCCACUGUCCGCCAUGCGUGACACUCUGCGCCAAGCUGCCAUGUCUGGAACUCCCAUCACCGCUGAGCAGGUGAAAGAUAUUGUGGACAUUUCUGCUACCAAGGAAGCAACUGUGUCCGAUUCUGACAAGCCCUACUCCGAAGUCCUGGACAAUUUCACUUCUCAAUUAGCCUCGCUAAGCUUGGACGAUUCCAAGCAGGCUUCCAAGGACAUACUUUCUCUCUGCGAUCGCUUGCGUAAUGUCGAUCUAUUCAACCUGGGCAUUUACCUGGAAGACCGCGAAAACAAGCCCGCGCUCGUCCGUCCUGUCACCAAGGAUAUGCUGCAGGCCCGCGAGGAACAAGCUCGUAAAGCCUUGUUGAAGCAGCAAGAGAAGGAGAAGCAAGAGAAGCUUGCCCAGGAACGGCUCGAGAAAGGAAAGCUCAAUCCCGUGGAAAUGUUCCGCACCAGCGAAUACAGCGCCUGGGACGAAGACGGCAUUCCCACGAAAGAUGCUACGGGAGAGCCUCUCGCCAAGAGUAAGAGCAAGAAGCUCCGGAAAGACUGGGAGCGCCAGAAGAAGGCCCACGAAGCCUGGCUUGCAAGCCAGAAUGGAAAAUGAUAGAUUAUACGAAUCAAUGAAUAAUACACCAUCCAUCUUGGUUGACCCAGAAGGAUCAUCAUUCUUAAGUCCGACGUGCACCAUCAUUUGAAAGUCAUACAUUCGUCAUCUUGACCUAAACAUUCAUCGUGAGGUAAACAUGCCAGUAGCACUACGCACCAGUUAUGAAACAGCCAUAUUCCUCUCUGCGGCUUGUUCUGUAUCCUCUAUGUACAUCCAAGUUCAUUUCAGAAUCCCUAGCCCUGGAAAUCUCUUGGCCUCCUGGAAACAGGCAACUCGAUACUACCCAAGGUUUACAGACACUUGUCAUCAGACCAUCCUAUGAUGGCUCUCGACAAUGCUAGACGUGUCUACAUGACGCGUAGUGUCACGGCCCGGAUUUCCCAAGAUGCAAACAAGUUUUACAACCUCCCACUCGAGGUAU